AUGAACGAAGAAGCGUUGAAAAUGCACGAAGCCAAACGCGUAGUCGUAGUUGAAAAGGGGUUUAAGGCAUUUGCAGAUAUGGGAUUGAAGUCGGAAAUUCUUGAGGGCAUCGAAUCAUUCGGUCUGUCCGAACCCGCAGAGAUCCAGCAAUUGGCCAUUCCUCAUCUCCUGGAACGCAAAUCCCUCCAUAUCCGUCACGUCUCGAAAAGCGGAAAAUCUUUGGCAAUCAUCAUUGCUCUUCUCCAACUCGUCGACCCCACCGGUCCCGACUUUCAAAUCACAGUGCUGCUCAGAACGCGAGAGCAGGUUAGGCAAUUUGCAGACACAAUGAAGAAGAUCGCAUCUUCCAUGUCAGGCAUUCAUAUAUUAGAUCUGCACCCCGGCAAAAUGCGCGAAUUUUUUAAGACCACGGGUCACCAAAUUUUGGUCUGUUCUGUUGGCAGAUUUCAAUAUAUAUUAGAAAUGGAGGGCUUGUUCGAUAGUUGGGAAUUGCAUGCUAUGGGUGUGAAUCUCUCGAAGCUCCGAUGCCUGGUAUUUGACGACAUCGAGUAUCUAGGAAUGGAAUAUAAAGGGCUUGAAGAACUCAUGGGAACGAUUUCGGAGAAACUUCCGACAGACCUUCAAAUUGUGACUGCCUGUGCUUUUGCCCUCCCAGAACUUGAAGAGGCUACGACGAAGCUGAAAAAGCCGCCCAUUUUGAUUGUGUCUGGGAAAUUCAACAGAACAGACAUAUCUCCAAACACAGACCCGCCAAACUCUCCUCCCGCCUUGCAGAUGGGCCACCAACUUCCGGUCUACGUCCUGGCGGAGGAGUUCAAACGAGACCACCUGAUGCAAAGUGACGGCUACCGUUUCGGAGCCGCAUUGGACAGAAAACCUCCACAUGAAGAUGUAGCGGAAUUGUGAUCCCUCACACACUUUCACGAGCUGACGCUACCGUCAUGGAAAGCAAGCCUGCGUCUCGCCUUCAAAAAAAGGUUUCAUGUUGCGAGACAGGCGCCACACAGCGGGGUUAUGGUUUGGCUGUGAUCCACGGAUCGCGCCAAAUGCGGGGUCCAGCGAGGCUCAAGUGGACACGGUGGAAGCGAGGUUUCAAAGGUUUGCUUACCAAAUGGAAAAGAGAUACGGUGUCAGAAGAUAGCGGAAGGGGAAGAUUCGGAUUGCUUGAACGAAUUCAGUGGACGCCUGUUCUUAGUUGAGUAGUGACGCGUCCACGCUGAAGGGUGGGUUUUUUUUUUGUUAUCUACUCUGCCCACCUGUGCAGAACUUGAGUGCUUCCCAUUGGACCUGCAGUCAGAAGUAC